AUGCGCAAGGCGUGGAACAUCCGAACCGGCCGUACACAUACCGCAUUGGUGGAGGCUCAAGCAUUCGAGUCGGGCACUCGGGUACCUUACUUACACACACCCCUCUUCCCAUUUGGUGCUUAUGGCUUGCAGGAUCUGGGGUUGGAGGAGCUCCUGUAUAAGCCUGCAAGGCGCUCACUCAUCGUCCCCAUAUCGAACCAAGAACGCCAUCAAUCCCCUCACCUGUGUAAGAGCUACAGCGAGGAGUCCAGAAGCCCGCCCUGCGAACCUAAAACCCAAUCGGUCAUCUCGGCAUCUCAAAAAACAUCAAACUCUCCCCUGUGCCACUUGGUUGCCCCGCUAGGUUGUUCAGUCUCAAUAUCACCCCUCUGGCCCUCCGUCUUGGCCCUGCAUCUCUGCGCCGCAGACCCAUCAUGGGGAAGGGGAGACACACACACACAACCCACAAAUCGAGCCGGUGGUGUGGCCCUCCCUUUCACCCACCCUGACCAACCAGCUGCUCAACAUGACAUCUUGCUCAGCCCAUCCCAUCUUAACCGGCUAGGCUGGGUAUAUGCAAGGUCCCCAAUUCAGGGCUCAAUAUUCGGAUCUUUUUCCAUUGUUCGAAGAGAGUCAUGUGAUCCAUCCCGUGAGGGUUUGAGGCUGUGAGUGGACGGCUGAGGAGGAUGAGGAUGACUACCUAAGGGAUGGUUGGGUGGAAUGUGAGAAGUGAUAAGUAAUAUAUCACACACUCUGUUGUCAUCAGGGCCAUGCAUGUCAGCAAACGCCUAGCUUGAUCCCUCAUGGUACGACGGCGCGGUAGAAGAUGUCAAACAUCCUGACGAGAAAAGAUCCUUGGUUCGUCAGUGUGGUUUUGUGAAUGCCCUCUGACUACAAGAGGGACGAGGACUGUGCUGAGUCCGACAACCGAAGCAGCCGCGAUGACAUGGUUGCCAGACAAGCCAAGGCGAGGAGAAGUCAUCA